AUGUCGAUAUUUCAAGCUUCCAAAGACUGUGAGGCCCUUUUUGAACAAUGCCUUCGACUACCCGACAUCUUCAACAACAAAUGGGCACUGAACCAAUCUGCAAGUUUCAGGCUAUGGGUCGAAACCAUCGGGGCCUUUGCGCCGCGGUCUGCAUCUGCUGAUGCCCGGCUACAAGGCAAUGAAAAUAUGAAGGCAGCAGUGAUGGGUUUGUUAGAUCUGUUGCAGAUGAACCUUGGUCGAAAGGAGCAGUCGCAGCCAAAUCGCCAGGCUCUAGGGCAAACGCUGCCGUCGUCAGGGUCUGACGAUGAAGAUGAGGUAGAGAUGGAAGAGGUUUCCUCGCCUCAGGUCAGCGAUCGAGACGGUGGAGACAACUCAACAACGAUGUCUCAGUCCCGACCUGAUCAAGAAGUUGAGAAUGUGUUGAUCCGCCUCCACCAACUGCUUCUAGCCAUCCGCAGCUCUCGUAAAUUCGACUGGCGUGAGCGAGCGAGCAGAUUCGUCUACCCAGGCUCAGAGGACUUCAGAAAGCAUAUGGAGUGGUACAUCAGCGAACGCUUCCGACGCGAGUAUCCUGAAGUGCCGGAGUUCAUACGAACGCGUCUAUUGUUGGCCAACGUGAAGCGACGCAACCAGUUCGAAUAUGCGCGAGAACAUGCCUUCAAACUUGCCCAAGACAAGACACGCCCCUCCACUGACCAACGUUCGGCAAGUAUUGCAAUCGAAGAUGAAACAGCUGACGACCAGCCUCCAGUCGCCCCUUCUCACAAAGAUGCGUCCCAUUCACGAGCCGAUGCGCCAUCCCAAGCACCAUCCAAGUCUAUGCCGAGUACGCAGGCGACAGACUACACCGGUGCCUCAUUCGAGAGAUCCGAGGGUGGAACAGCUUCAAUCUCCAGCGGGCAGACAUUCAAGGAUGGACAGGUCACUUGGCCAUCACCACCAGAGGCCCCUUCCAUCAACCCUUCCUUGCCGUCCUUUCCCUGCCCAUACUGUCGCCGUCCACUACCAACAGAAUAUAGUAGCGACUCAAAGAAGUGGAGGCAACAUGUAAAGAAUGACGUUCAGCCGUAUGUCUGUCUGUUCGAAGAGUGCGCCACCCCUCUCAAGCUCUAUUCGAGGAGUGCCGAUUGGCUCCUUCACAUGCGCAACACCCACGGUGAGAUCCAAUAUGCCUGUUUGGCGCCGAAACAUGGUCGUGAGCGUGUCUCCUUCAGAACGGCAGAAAGCUACAGAAACCACUUGACGCAGUCUCACGCAAAGACCUUUGUCGAAAACGAACUCGGAGACCUCCUUGUCCGUAGCAUGUGCCGGACGCCACUCGACCCGAUCUUCCGGGAAUGUCCCAUCUGCCCGGGACCAGAAAAAAAUUCGAUUUUGGACAAGAGAAAGCAACCGGAGAGUCUGCUGUCACCGCAGCAAUCACCUGCUAAGCGUACAAAAGUGGACGAGGCAUUGACAUUGCGAAUUCAAGCGGUCAGAAUACGCAAGAGCACCGCCGCGGAUGAGGAGGAGGAGGAAGAGGACGACGACGACGACGACGACGACGACGACGACGACGACAAUAAUACACACGGACACAGACGCUCAGAAGAGGCACGGCUUAUACGCCAUAUCAUGGCCCAUCUCCAGUUCAUUGCCUUGAUGGCGCUGCCAUGGUCAGAAGACCUAGGAUCGGCCCAAUCCUCAUCAGUAUCAGUGGGCCAGCGACUGGAGCAUUCAGACGACAAAAUAGAUCCCAAAGAUCAUGAAGGUCCGGUAGACGUUGAGGUUGAACACCAUGCCGACGAUCCAACAUACCACGACGGCAUCAUGCUCUCUUCGGAAUGGGAGUUCAUUAACAGCCUCAGUAAUCCCGUCUUUUCAGUCUCCAGUCAUGGAAGCUCACCUUUACCGAAUUCCUCGGAUGGCGAUUCAGACUUAUCAGACUAUAUCACAGCUCAAAAUCCACUGAAGAACCAAAUGCACAACCGUCGGUCAAGCGAUAUUCGCCCAGAGGAGCGGAAAGUUCACAUAACGAUGGGUAUUUACACAGAGAUAUACCGGCAGAUUUCCGAAGCAAAGAAACAAGGUACUCGUCGGAAAGGCUAUACGAUAGCUUGGAUAUGCUCUCACUCGCUCGAUUUUCGCGUUGCCACCGCCUUGUUAGAUACAAAGCACCACAACUUCCCCAGACAUCGAUCCGAUCCAGACAACUACGUGCUGGGCACAAUUGGUCGCUGGAAGGUCGUGGUUGCCUAUCAUGAUCUUCAGACGGCCCGGGGUCCUUUGAUUGUGGAUCUACUCUGGGGCUUUCCCAAGAUCGAGCUCUUCUUGUCCGUUGGAGUUUGCGGCGCUAGUCCGUUACGCCACGUUUUCCUCGGAGACGUGGUCGUCGAUACAAGGAGCCCGGACUGGGAAUCGCCAUGGCCUGACGAGCUAGUCCUGAGGCCUGGUCCACGUCGGAUCCACGUUUCCUCAGGCACAAAAUCUCUUAGGGAUCUCGACGUCAAGAGCGUCAUGUCAAGCUUUGAGCAUACGGAACCCGCCUUGAGAGCGUUUGCCGUCUACCCAGGACACGAGCGAGACCUUGCUUUCCGUAGAGAGUACCAGCAUGUAGGAAAUCAUCCGAAUUGCAAUUUUUGCGACCCGAGCCAACAGUUGAUCCCACGAGACAGGCUCCGUGGUCGCACUCUCCCAGGUAUUCACCAUGGCGAGAUUGCGUUCACGAAGCGCGCCGUUGUAGACCCCCGUGGACAACCUUUUUUCGAGUCAGAUCGCGUAUUGUCUGCCAUCGAUGCAAAUGCGCAGGACCUCUACACGACCCUCGCCGCCCAGCCUCUUCUGGUUAUUCGCGGGAUCGGCGAUUAUGCUGACUCUCACAAACAAUCGAUUUGGAAGAAUUAUGCUUCCACAGCUGCUGGCGCAUUCACCAAGGCACUUCUACUCCAACUGGUUGAUAUUAAGCCCGACAUGCUCACGAAAGGGGUGACGGGCUUGAUGUUAGAUUCAAACCGACUGGGCCCUUCAAGUCGCUCCAUUGAGCCAAUGAGCAAAAAAGAAAUUACCAAAGCGAUCGUCUGUGCCUCCAUCAUCGAAUUUGAGGCUGUGAGGUCGAUGUUCGAUGAACAUUGGGGAUCAUAUGGUGCCGAAGCUGGGGACGAUAGUACAUACGCAACCGGCACCAUUAGCGAGCACAAAGUUGUCCUGCAGUUGCUGGGAAACCCCGAAACCCCUGGUCAACCGUCGUUGCUUUUGAGAAGCUUUCCGGCCGUCGAAGUCGCGUUCCUUGUAGGAGUCUGCGGCGCGUCCCCUGCUACAAAAGGGCGCUUUCAUUCACUCGGCGACGUUUUCAUCUGCACGAAGAUGGUGGAAAUCGACUUCAGCUGGAAUAGUCUUGAACGUGUCAUUGACCCAUAUGAUAAAUUUGACGAGAUAUACCAGGGGAUGCCCGUAGAUAUUCAGGCGGCCAUUGUAAAGCUUAAGCGAAGUUACAAUCAACGGCAUCUGAAGGCUGAAAUAGAUGGUUAUCUGCGAAAUUUACAAGCUGUGGACAUGGAUUACACAUACCCCGGCAGUCAGUUCGACAGGCUGUAUACGCCUUCGUACCGGCACAAACAUCGUUCACCUCGCUCCUGCCUCAUCUGCGGCGCUGGCGAGAGCAGGAUAUGCGAUGAUGCGAGAAACGAGUCGUGUGAAGAUGUGGGCUGCGAAGAUAUAGCGCUUGAGGAACAGAUCAGUCCGCCGGAGGAGAGCGGUGACGGCGGUGAGGGUGCUGGCAAGAGAGCCAACCACAUUCCGCGUGUUCAUUUGGGUGUAAUGGCAUUUGGGAAUGGCAGGCUAUCAUCAGGGCGCCAACGCGAUGAGAUUGCCGACAAAUUCAAGAUCAGCGCCUUCAACACCCACGACAUCGGAUUCCGGCAACUCGUACCCAUGGUUGUGAUCAAAGGGGCCUGCGAUUAUGCCGAUGACCACCGGAACGACAGGUUCCAGAGAUAUGCGGCCGCCUCGGCGGCAGCUUGCUUGAAAGCCUUCCUCGUUGAGGUGCCUCAGGUGGCAGAGCCGUACAGUCCCAAUUUGAAUGCAGGGAGGGACAUGUCGAGAGACAUGACGAAGUUGGAGGGGAGGAAAGAGAAAUGA